AAGGGGUCCUCCUUCCGGUCAUCAUCUCUGGGCACCAUAGCUGAGAGGGUGCUGCUACCUGUGAUGGAAAUGCAGUGGGAGGAGGGUUUGGUGAGGGCCACCGGGAGCGGCAAAGGGACAUCAUGGUAUUGCACCAUUGCUAAUCAAGCGUGCUCCUCAGAGAGAAACGCAAGCGCUGAUCCUGUGAGUUCAGCGGAGAGAGUGGAUGACAAGUGGUUUGGGCGAUGGCUGCUACGUUCAGCUGUCCUUUGCGGGUCGGCGUCCAUGGCCCUGUCCCGACGAUCCCACAAUCCUGCUCUGCUGAGAUGGGACGGAGAAUCGCCCAUCAGGACAGGAAAGAGGAAUGGCAUCCUACAGCUACCAGUCAGAGAGAGAUGUGGACGAUCACGAAGGGAGGUAAUCAAACGGCGAUGUGGAGCAGGUUCGGGUUUGGCUUUCCCCCAGUGACCGCCAUUUCCAGCCACGUGUCGCUCUGUUGUGCAAUGGAACAAGCUGCCUGCUUCUCUCGAUCUUGGCACUCUAGAUCGGUUGUCCAAUCAGCCACCUCUCAGGCUCAGGUCAUUUCCCCUCCUGCUGAGAGCGAUACAACCAAUGCAGCAGAUGACCCUGCGGCUGCUGCUGGCGAUGCCGCCGCUGCCGGUGUUGUCCCUAUCUGUAAUUCCAAACCGGCGCAAAGUAGGUGGUCCUUGUCCAUGCUUGUGCUGAUCCUUCCUUGCGUGGCCACUUUUGCGCUGGGCACGUGGCAGCUGCAGCGCAGGCAGUGGAAAAUUGACCUUCUCGAGCGGCGGAAAGAGAAACUGCGUGCCGAGCCUGAACCGUUGACGGACGUUCCCGCCGCCAUCUCCUCCUCAUCCGCAUCUACCUCCGAUGAUGGUCAGAUUCGUCAUCUUAGCUCUAGCUAUGGUGGUGAUGAGGAUGCCACGAUUCACGAGAAAGAUUGGGAGCCUUUUGAGUAUCGAAAGGUCGCAUGCCAAGGUGUUUUUGAUGAUCAGCGUUCCGUUUUCGUCGGUCCUCGAGUUCGCUCUGCAAUGGGAGUACCCGAGAAAGGCUGUUUCUUAAUUACCCCUCUAGUUCUUGCUGAUGACAAUCAAGGACAUGAUCUUGUUGGCGACAAAAGCAAGGAGAGUGAGAGAGCCGGCAUCGUUAGCAGCAGUAGCAGCAGCAGUAGCGGUAGUGGAGGGGAUGGAAUAGGGAAUGCUGUAAGAACCCGAACCCAGACUGUACUCGUCAAUAGGGGUUGGGUGCCUGCCACAUGGCGGGCUCAGUUCACGUCGUCACAGUCGCAAAGGAGCCCCUCUGGUUCAUCGGCCGAUCUGCGAUCUCCCUCCUCUUCCUCCUCCUCCUCCUCCUCCUCCUCCUCUUUGUCUUUGAUGUCCAUUGCGUCCUCCCCGUCCUCUUUACGUGGCAAAACACGAGGAACUUCAUCUUCUUCGAGGGGGAAAGGAAAAGGCUGAAUGUUGCGCUGCCAUUUUCCACUUGGCAGCCAUAUCUGCUGUUCCUCCUCACGAGGAACUUCAUCUUCUUCGAACUGCUAGAUCG